UGUUAAAAAUAAACAGAUGUCAAAACUCAAAACACGACAUGAUUAUUAUAACCAAUAAAAGUGCUCUUAAAAAUACUCAUAUUUAACAUCUGCUAUAAAUUCGAUUAACUGGCUAAGAAUAAGUGAGAUACAAGUUUAGUUAAAAUGCCUGGACCGGAUUUGCUUUCGAGUCAAGGUUUGCGAUUAGAUGGUAGGCGACCAAAUGAACUCCGUCGUAUAAGGUGUAAACUUGGUGUAUUUACACAACCAGAUGGUAGUGCCUACUUAGAACAAGGGAAUACUAAAGUUUUAGCGGCUGUAUAUGGUCCACAUCAGGCAAGCAAAUCAAAAACAUCAACAGAAGGUGUAGUUGUAAACUGUCAGUACAGCAUGGCAACAUUCUCUACAGGUGAACGAAAGAACCGCCCAAGAGGUGAUAGGAAAUCACAAGAAAUGUCUCUGCAUCUGCGACAAUCAUUCACAGCAGCGAUCAAAACAGAACUAUAUCCACGUUCACAAAUUGAUAUUUAUAUAGAAGUUUUACAGGCAGAUGGUGGUGCAUAUUGUGCAUCAGUAAACGCGGGUACACUCGCACUAAUCGACGCGGGCAUCCCCCUAAAAGCUUAUGUCUGCGCCUGCACCGCCUCCAUGGCUUGGCAGGGCAGUGAACCUGAGCCCUUAGUCGAUGUUGGACAUGUAGAGGAGGCGGCCGGUGGAGUCUGUCUUACUGUAUCCAGUCUACCAUCCACAGGCAAUGUGGCAUUACUGGAACUGUCACACAAGCUGCACAUGGACUACUAUGACAUGGUGAUGAGCAGAGCUAUGCAGGGCUGCAGAGAUAUUGAGGUAAUUUUGGAUCGUGCUGUAAGGGAACAUUUAGCAGAAGGAUGGACAAAGCAAGAUACAAUAACAAUAUAAAUUAUUAAGUUUAUAUUUUUGUUUUAAUUUUGUAAACCUCCUUUGAUUAUACAAUUUGUUUACUAAUUUAUUCGUAACAAAAAAAAGGUUUGGUUUCCACAAAUAUUUCGAGAGUUGAGGGAACCGAGGCUUAAUUUUCUUACACAUUCAAAUUGCCAGUUGGUAAAAAAGUAUAGAUACCUUUGUUCAAUCCAGUUAGUUUUCUAAUACAACAGUUUUGCAUCGGGUUUUGUUCUUAAUUUAGUGAAGUUGUUAGACUUGUCAGUUGAUAAAGCAGGUGUAUGAAAUAAAAAAAACAUAAGUAUAGACUUACAUAUUUAUUAGAGAUCUGAACAAAAAGAAAUUAAAUUAUAUGUACAGUCUAUGUUAAAAUUUAACUAAAUUAGAGGUAAGUUAAUAGGUACACACUGUUUUCGUUACAUAGCUUAAUGUAUUGUAAGAAAACUUAACCUUUUAGAAAGUUUUUAUCUAUGGCAAAAGUAAAUGACAAAAGCGCAUUAGUAGAACAAAUUAUGCAUAGGCAUAGACAAUAUGCGAGAAAUAGAGGAAAUAAAUAAAAUGGAAAAACAACCGAACGUUAAAUUCAGUCCAUCCAUACAAAUGGAUGCACACACUUAAAAUAAAAAAUAUAAAUAUCUUUCAAAUAAAUAAAAGUUACUAUAUUG